AUGCCUUCAUCGAAUAAUCUGUCGAACAACUUGUUCGCCUAUGCAACAAGUGAAGGCUCUGGGUUAUCAACACCACAAGAUGGCCUCUCAGCAAACUCAUCACAAUCAAUAUCUACAGCAGCUACAAACAUAGCGGAUGAGGAAAGUUACGUCGGACACAGAAUAACAGUGCGAGUGGAGAGAGAACAGCUGACAAAUUCCCAAGUGAAAAUUGAUGGCGAUGUACGAUUGAAUGCAAAUAAACGCCGUGUAAUACAGAGAGCGGAUGACCAGUAUACUUCUAAGAUAAGGAAAGUAGGAAAAGGGCAACAACAGCAGCAGCAGCAGGAGCAGCCACAAAAGCAAGAAAAUACAUUAUUUAAUAUUGCAAAUUCGGUUGCUACUAUUGCCAACAUGAUUAAACAACCAAAUCAGUCACCCCAGCAGGAGUCUGCAUCUGUCGGCACUCCAUUACAAUGGGGCUCAAAGGUUCAAGAUUUUACACUAGAUGCUAAUGGAAACAGUGUCAUUCAGGCUCAUUCACUUGAAAAUGGAAAUAGCUUGAGUAACGACCAGGAUCUACAGACCAGAGCAGUUGCAGAAGCUGCCACUGCCGCAUCUAUCCAGCAAUUGAGCCCACUAUACCCUAUUGCUGGAUCCACUACGCGACACCAGCAUGCGAAGGGUACAUUUACGGGUAAAAAGUUCGUGUGUACAUAUCCGAACUGUCAUAAAACAUUCUCCAGAAAGAUGAACUUGAAGUCACAUGUUCAGUCAACACAUGAGCAUAAAAAGCCAUUUCAAUGUUCAAUAUGCAUGAUGUCCUUUGCCAGGCACAGUGAUAGAAGACGGCACGAAAGAAAUCAGCAUAAAGUAUCACCGGGCUUUGUUUGUGGUGGUGUGCUUAAAAAUGGUCAACGCUGGGGUUGUGGAAAGGUUUUCAAAAGAAAGGAUGGACUUCUGGCUCAUUGGAGGUCUCAAAAGGCAAGAAAGAAAUGCCUUAAUGGUGUGCCUGAUGACGUCCAUCCACUUUUAAGCUCCGCGCGUAACGGUGCUAUAGAUCAUUCCGAAGCCUCUAAUUAA